AUGAAACGAUCCUUAGCCCGUCCUUAUCAACCCUAUUACUCGCUGAGUAAAAUCCUCCGCGUAUUAUACAUCCUUUCAGUCAUUCUUUCCAGGAGCAAACAUGGCACCGAACGCGUGGCAGCGGCGUGGAUAGCAUCUUUAGCAGCGGAAGCUGCAUUAGAGAAAGCAGCAAUAGUGGCAGUGCAGCGAAUGGCAGUAACGAUCAUACAGAUUCAAGCAGUAUCGGAAGACGACGAUAUGUGGCAAGCAAGGAGCAGCAUCCGAUGCCAUGGUACCAUGAAAGCAGCAAUAGUAGCAGUGCAGCGAAUGGCAGUAAUGAUCAUACAGAUUCAAGCAGUAUCGGAAGACGACGAUAUGUGGCAAGCAAGGAGCAGCAUCCGAUGCCAUGGUACCAUGGAUUUUAACAAAACAAGCCGAUGGAACGUUUCUUGUACGUGA